CUCUUUUUGUCUCCCCCUCACCUUCCAUCAAAGGGAAGGGAAAAACAAAUGUUUAGAAUAGAAAACAAUUUUGAGAGAAAGGGAGGCCUUUUGUUUGCUUGUUCUCCAGCUGAAGGUCAGGCACCACACAGAAGCCCUUUCCUAGAGCUAUCAAUCAUUUAAUAAAACCCAGUUAAUCCAAUUUCAGUAGAGAGGGGGCUGCCUUCUCCUUUCUCCAGCAAAAUCUUGGUUGAUUGUCCGCAAAAAGUCCUGGUCUCACUGGAUAUACAGGAGGUCCUCUCGGAGACCCGGCUCAUUCCGAGGAGGAGGAGGCAGGUGAAUCCAAGUGGUGUGGGACGUCGGGCCCCAAGGAGCCAGUUCUCCCUCGAUCCCCAGCCAGUGGCCGGGGUCUCCGUAAGACUGGUGGAAAGCAAGCAGAUCGGUGCGGUGUGUCCGUGCGUGCGGCGUGGUGCGGCUGAGCUGGGGAGAACCGCAGUGGAGCCAUGGGCGCGGGGAGCUCGACAGUGAAGGCGCCUCCGGAGUCGCCGCAAGAUGCACGGGAGCCUGGAGCUGCCGAGGCCCCAGCGCUGGCGAAGCAGGAGACUGGCAGCGCCUUGGCUGAGGAGGCAACCGCAGCAGCUGCCCCGGAGCCUCAGGGGGACCACGCCACGAGCGCAGCCCCUGCCUCCCCUAAGAAGAAUGGACAAAUAAAUGACAUUAAUGGAAUGCCAGAAGGACAAGUGGGAGACCCAUACAAAGAGCAGGAUGAAGCAGUUAUCUUAGAGGUUGGACAAAGAGACCUCGAAAAUAUGUUUGAAAAAGAUGAUGUGAGUGAUACAUUGGUAUCUCAGACAGAAUUCUUUGUGGUAGAUGUGCAGGAGAGUGAGCAAGAAACAAUUGAAGAAAUGCCUUUGUCAGAAGAUAGUACAGAAGAGUUGGAGCAACCUUCAGAAUCCAGUGAUGUUGGGUAUAAAAAGGUUUUUAAAUUUGUUGGUGUUAAAUUGACUGUCAAAAAGGAUAAGAAUGAUAAAUCAGAUGAAGUUGAUGAUGGGGGACCAAAUGGAUCUGAAGAUUGCCAAGAUUAUAGCUCAGAAAAUGAAUUAGAAAGCCAAAAACAGAGUAUUCUUAGUAUAGAUAAUGAGAAAGAUGAUAAACAAGAAAAAGUGGGCAACAUAACUGGAUAUGAAAGUACAUCAUCAUUGAAAAAGUUUUUCAGCUUGGGUUGGAUUGGCUGGAGAAAAAAGUCGAGUAUUAAGAAAUAUAAGGAAGAUGAUGAACCAGAAGUGUCUGAGAAGGAAAAGGAGCAAGAGGUAGGAAAGAUGGAUUUAGUUGAAAUUUAUGAAGGGAAGAAAGAAGAGACUGCUGAACACCCAACUGUUUCUGAGCCUCUUCCCCCCAAUGAAGCCAUUGAAAUGCUGUCUGAGAAGGAAAAAGUAGUUAGAUCUCCUAAAGAUGAAGCUCAUGAAAUACAGCUGUCUUCUGAAGAGAAAGCUGCUCCAUUAGCUACAGAGGUGUUUGAUGAAAAAAUAGAGACUAUAGCAGAAAUUCAUGCCAGUUCUGUGGAAGAACAAGAACAAACUGAAAAUCCAAGCACUGAUGUAGAACAAGUUGAUGUGUCUUUGUUUCCUGCAUCAGCAACAAAUGAAACAAAACUUGGUGUGACAGGGAUGUUGGCCAAGACCAGUGAAUUGGUGUGCACCUCUAAAGAUGUAUCUGAAACAAGUCCUGAAGAAUCAGUUUUGUGUCAGCAACGUGAGGGCAUCACCAGUGAGGUAGAAAUACUGUCAUCACAAGAAAGAGGGAGAUUGCAAGGAAGCCCCUUAAAGAAACUUUUUAGUGGUACUGGCUUAAAAAAACUGUCUGGAAAGAAAUAUAAGGGAAAAAAGGGAGAUGAGGAAAUAAAGUCACAGGAAUUGGGGGAGCUUACACAGGUGUCAGUAGAUUCUUCAGAAACUCCAGAGGAUCAAAAGGGUGAAAGUUCUGCUUCAUCCCCUGAUGAACUAGCUAUAGAGAAGGGCAUAGUUGAUACACCACAGGAAGUUGGGAUUGAAGAUGAAGGUACUAUUUCUGAUAGUGAGAGAAGGAGAGAAAGUGGUGUUACUCCCUGGGCGUCUUUUAAAAAGAUGGUGACUCCCAAGAAACGUGUUAGAAAGCUUUCUGAAAGUGAUAAAGAAGAUGAAAUUGAGAAAGUCAAGAGUGCUACUCUGUCUUCAACUGAAAGUACAGCCUCUGAUAAUCAGGAAGAGUUAAAAGGAAAUGGAGAUGAUCAGAAGACAGAAGAGCCAAAACGGAAGGUUGAUACUUCAGUUUCCUGGGAAGCCUUAAUUUGUGUAGGAUCUUCCAAGAAAAGAGCAAGGAAGUCAUCCUCUUCUGAUGAAGAAGGAGGGCCUAAAGUUGUUAGUGUUGAAUACUAUAAAUCAGAAGAUUUGGGAAAAAACAAAGAAUCUGGGACAGAAAUAACACCUAUCCAUUCCUUUGAAGGUGAUCAAGGGCAGAUAAAUUCUUCCCCUGAGCUAGCUGGAAGCCCAGUUGAAGGUGAGGGAGUUUCCACAUGGGUGUCAUUUAAAAGAUUAGUUACUCCAAGGAAAAAAUCAAAAUCAAAAAUGGAAGAGAGAAAUGAGGAAUCUAUCAUUCUUUCUGGCACAGAACAUUCUGCUUCAGAUAUAGAACCUGUGAAAGAAGAAUCUUGGGUUUCAAUCAAGAAACUCAUUCCUGGUCGAAGAAAGAAAAAGUUUGAAGGGAAACAAGGACAGGUUCCUUUUGAAGAAGACCAGACAGGAGUUAUUGAAGAUGAUUCUGAUAUUCCAGCUGUUGUUCCUUUAUCUGAGUAUGAUGCAGCAGAACAAGAGAAAAAUGAAGCCCGAUAUGCAGAAAACAUCAAGGCAGCAAAAGAUUUGCACAAAGAGAAAUCUGGAAAAUUAGAAGAAGGUCUAGAAACAGGAGAGCACAUUGAGGGGCUGGUACAUGCAGCUACUGUGACUGUUGUGGAGGGGGAGAGAGCAGUUACAAGUAUUGAGGAAAGGUCACCCUCUUGGAUUUCUACUACAAUAACAGAGAGUGUUGAAGAAGCAACUGAUCAACCAGAAGAGCAAACUGAGGAGAUAUUUGAACAAGAAGUCCUUGUUAAAAGACCUGCUACUAAAACCUUGAGAGGGACAAAGGACAUUAGCAGGGGCCCAAUUGAUAGUGAGCUAGGGCUAACUUCUGAAACAGUGACAGCUGUAAAAGAAGCAACAGAUGAACCCAAACAGCCAAAUGGGAAGAUAGGUGAAAAAGAAAUCCUUGUUGAAAGACCUGGUACUAAAAGCUUGAGAGAGGCAAAAGACACUAGCAGGGACUUGAUUGUUAGUGAGCUAGAGCUAACUUCUGAAGCAGUGACAGCUGUAAAAGAAGCAGGAGAACGACCAAAGCAGCCAACCGAGGAGAUAGUUGAAAAAGAAGUCCUUGUUGAAAGACCUGGUACUAAAAGCUUGAGAGAUGUAAAAGACACUAGCAGGGACCCGAUUGUUAGUAAGCUAGAGCUAACUUCUGAAGCAGUGACAGCUGCAAAAGACGCAACGAAUCAACCAGGACAGCCAAUUAGGAAAAUAUUCGAAAAGGAGAAAACUGAAAAAAAAAUCCUGGUUGAAAAACCUGUUGCUAAAACUUUUAGAGGGACAAAAGACAGUAGUAGGAUCCCGAUUGUUAGUGAGCUAAAGCUGACUUCUAAAGCAGUGACAGCUGCAAAAGAAGCAACUGAUCAACCAAAACAGCAAACUAGGAAGAUAUCUGAAAAGGAGAAGUCUGAAAAAAAAGCCCUUGUGGAAAAACCUAUUGCUAAAACCUUUAGAGGGACAAAAGACAGUAGCAGGAUCCCGAUUGUUAGUGAGCUAAAGCAAACUUCUGUAGCAGUGACAGCUGCAAAAGAAGCAAGAGAUGGACCAAAACAACCAACUGGGAAGAUAGCUGAAAAGGAGAAAUUUGAAAAAAAAGUCCUUUUUGAAAAUCCUGGUACUAAAUCCUUUACAGGGACAAAAGACACUAGCAGGGGCCCAAUUGUUAGUGAGCUAGAGCUAACUUCUGAAGCUGUGACAGCUGCAAAAGAAGCAAGAGAUGGACCAAAACAACCAACUGGGAAGAUAGCUGAAAAGGAGAAAUUUGAAAAAGAAGUCCUUGUUGAAAGACCUGCUACUAAAACCUUGACAGAGGCAAAUGACACUAGUAGGGGCCCAAUUGUUAGUGAGCUAGGACUAACUUCUGAAGCUGUGACAGCUGCAAAAGAAGCAAGAGAUGGACCAAAACAGCCAACUGGGAAGAUAGCUGAAAAGAAGAAAUCUGAAAAAAAAGUCCUUUUUGAAAAACCUGGUACUAAAUCCUUUACAGGGACAAAAGACACUGGCAGGGGCCCGAUUGUUAGUGAGCUAGAUCCAACUUCUGAAGCUUCUUCAAGCUCUUCGAGUGCAGCAAUGAUUUCUGCACUUUCACAUUUCUCUGAUUCUUCUUAUCCCGGAUUUGCUACAACUGUGGAGAAGGUAGAUAGUCACACACCAGCUCUUACAAAACAAACACAGGAUGGAGUUCAGGUAGCCUUUGAAAAUGUUAAGCAACCAAGAGAUGUAAGCUUGAGAGAGGCAAAAGACACUAGCAAGGACCUGAUUGUUAGUGAGCUAGAGCUACCUUCUGAAGCUGUGACAGCUGCAAAACAAGCAGGAGAAAAACCAAAACAACCAGCUGAGGAGAGAGUUGAAGAAGAGGCAAAAGACAUUAGCAGGGCCAUGAUUGUUAAUGAGGUAGAGCUAACUUCUGAAGCAGUGCCAGCUGCAGAAGAAGCAACAGAAGCAAUAUAUGCUGAAAAAAUAACAAGAGCUUCUUUUGCAUCCUCUUCUGAUUACCCUUCGAGUAUAGGAAUGGGUUCUGAGCCCUCUUGGAUAACAGACAGGGUUUCUUCAAGCUCUUCGAGUGCAGCAAUGACUUCUGCACUUUCACAUUUCUCUGAUUCUUCUUAUCCCGGAUUUGCUACAACUGUGGAGAAGGUAGAUAGUCACACACCAGCUCUUACAAAACAAACACAGGAUGGAGUUCAGGUAGCCUUUGAAAAUGUUAAACCAUCAAGAGAUAUAAGCUUGAGAGAGGCAAAAGACACUAGCAGGGAUCUGAUUGUUAGUGAGCUAGAGUUACCUUCUGAAGCUGUGACAGCUGCAAAACAAGCAGGAGAAAAACCAAAACCAGCUGAGGAGAGAGUUGAAGAAGAGGCAAAAGACACUAGCAGGGAUCUGAUUGUUAGUGAGCUAGAGCUACCUUCUGAAGCUGUGACAGCUGCAAAACAAGCAGGAGAAAAACCAAAACAGCCAACUGAGGAGAUAGUUGAAGAGGCAAAAGACAUGAGAAGGGACCUGAUUGUUAGUAAGCUAGAGGUAACUUCUGAAGCAGUGCCAGCUACAGAAGAAGCAACAGAAGCAAUAUAUGCUGAAAAAAUAACAAGAGCUUCUUUUGCAUCCUCUUCUGAUUACCCUUCGAGUAUAGGAAUGGGUUCUGAGCCCUCUUGGAUAACAGACAUGGUUUCUUCAAGCUCUUCGAGUGCAGCAAUGAUUUCUGCACUUUCAGAUUUCUCUGAUUCUUCUUAUCCCGGAUUUGCUACAACUGUGGAGAAGGUAGAUAGUCACACACCAGCUCUUACAAAACAAACACAGGAUGGAGUUCAGGUAGCCUUUGAAAAUGUUAAACCAUCAAGAGAUGUAAGCUUGAGAGAGGCAAAAGACACUAGCAGGGAUCUGAUUGUUAGUGAGCUAGAGCUACCUUCUGAAGCUGUGACAGCUGCAAAACAAGAAAGAGAAAAACCAAAACAGCCAACUGAGGAGAUAGUUGAAGAGGCAAAAGACAUGAAAAGGGACCUGAUUGUUAGUAAGCUAGAGGUAACUUCUGAAGCAGUGCCAGCUGCAGAAGAAGCAACAGAAGCAAUAUAUGCUGAAAAAAUAACAAGAGCUUCUUUUGCAUCCUCUUCUGAUUACCCUUCGAGUAUAGGAAUGGGUUCUGAGCCCUCUUGGAUAACAGACAGGGUUUCUUCAAGCUCUUUGAGUGCAGCAUUGACUUCUGCACUUUCACAUUUCUCUGAUUCUUCUUAUCCCGGAUUUGCUACAACUGUGGAGAAGGUAGAUAGUCACACACCAGCUCUUACAAAACAAACACAGGAUGGAGUUCAGGUAGCCUUUGAAAAUGUUAAACCAUCAAGAGAUGUAAGCUUGAGAGAGGCAAAAGACACUAGCAGGGAUCUGAUUGUUAGUGAGCUAGAGUUACCUUCUGAAGCUGUGACAGCUGCAAAACAAGCAGGAGAAAAACCAAAACCAGCUGAGGAGAGAGUUGAAGAAGAGGCUAAAGACACUAGCAGGGAUCUGAUUGUUAGUGAGCUAGAGCUACCUUCUGAAGCUGUGACAGCUGCAAAACAAGAAAGAGAAAAACCAAAACAGCCAACUGAGGAGAUAGUUGAAGAGGCAAAAGACAUGAGAAGGGACCUGAUUGUUAGUAAGCUAGAGGUAACUUCUGAAGCAGUGCCAGCUGAAGCAGCAACAGAAGCAAUAUAUGCUGAAAAAAUAACAAGAGCUUCUUUUGCAUCCUCUUCUGAUUACCCUUCGAGUAUAGGAAUGGGUUCUGAGCCCUCUUGGAUAACAGACAUGGUUUCUUCAAGCUCUUCGAGUGCAGCAAUGAUUUCUGCACUUUCACAUUUCUCUGAUUCUUCUUAUCCCGGAUUUGCUACAACUGUGGAGAAGGUAGAUAGUCACACACCAGCUCUUACAAAACAAACACAGGAUGGAGUUCAGGUAGCCUUUGAAAAUGUUAAGCAACCAAGAGAUGUAAGCUUGAGAGAGGCAAAAGACACUAGCAAGGACCUGAUUGUUAGUGAGCUAGAGCUACCUUCUGAAGCUGUGACAGCUGCAAAACAAGCAGGAGAAAAACCAAAACAACCAGCUGAGGAGAGAGUUGAAGAAGAGGCAAAAGACAUUAGCAGGGCCAUGAUUGUUAAUGAGGUAGAGCUAACUUCUGAAGCAGUGCCAGCUGCAGAAGAAGCAACAGAAGCAAUAUAUGCUGAAAAAAUAACAAGAGCUUCUUUUGCAUCCUCUUCUGAUUACCCUUCGAGUAUAGGAAUGGGUUCUGAGCCCUCUUGGAUAACAGACAUGGUUUCUUCAAGCUCUUCGAGUGCAGCAAUGACUUCUGCACUUUCACAUUUCUCUGAUUCUUCUUAUCCCGGAUUUGCUACAACUGUGGAGAAGGUAGAUAGUCACACACCAGCUCUUACAAAACAAACACAGGAUGGAGUUCAGGUAGCCUUUGAAAAUGUUAAGCAACCAAGAGAUGUAAGCUUGAGAGAGGCAAAAGACACUAGUAAGGACCUGAUUGUUAGUGAGCUAGAGCUACCUUCUGAAGCUGUGACAGCUGCAAAACAAGCAGGAGAAAAACCAAAACAACCAGCUGAGGAGAUAGUUGAAGAGGCAAAAGACAUUAGCAGGGCCAUGAUUGUUAGUAAGCUAGAGGUAACUUCUGAAGCAGUGCCAGCUGCAGAAGAAGCAACAGAAGCAAUAUAUGCUGAAAAAAUAACAAGAGCUUCUUUUGCAUCCUCUUCUGAUUACCCUUCGAGUAUAGGAAUGGGUUCUGAGCCCUCUUGGAUAACAGACAGGGUUUCUUCAAGCUCUUCGAGUGCAGCAAUGACUUCUGCACUUUCACAUUUCUCUGAUUCUUCUUAUCCCGGAUUUGCUACAACUGUGGAGAAGGUAGAUAGUCACACACCAGCUCUUACAAAACAAACACAGGAUGGAGUUCAGGUAGCCUUUGAAAAUGUUAAACCAUCAAGAGAUGUAAGCUUGAGAGAGGCAAAAGACACUAGCAGGGAUCUGAUUGUUAGUGAGCUAGAGCUACCUUCUGAAGCUGUGACAGCUGCAAAACAAGCAGGAGAAAAACCAAAACAGCCAACUGAGGAGAUAGUUGAAGAGGCAAAAGACAUGAGAAGGGACCUGAUUGUUAGUAAGCUAGAGGUAACUUCUGAAGCAGUGCCAGCUGCAGAAGAAGCAACAGAAGCAAUAUAUGCUGAUAAAAUAACAAGAGCUUCUUUUGCAUCCUCUUCUGAUUACCCUUCGAGUAUAGGAAUGGGUUCUGAGCCCUCUUGGAUAACAGACAGGGUUUCUUCAAGCUCUUUGAGUGCAGCAAUGAUUUCUGCACUUUCACAUUUCUCUGAUUCUUCUUAUACUACAGGAUUUGCUACACCUAUGGAGGAGGUAGAUGUUGACACACCAGAUUUAGAAGCUCUUACAAAACAAACACAGGAUGUACUUCAGGUAGCCUUUGAAAAUGUUAAGCAAUCAAGAGAUGUAAUGUUAACAACUCAGAGUCUUGAAACUAACAGUAAUUAUCACCAAGAGACCAAUUUAACAAUGGGAGAAGCAGCUGUGAUGCAUGAUGAAGUUCAGGAAAAGGUACAAACAAGAAAAACUGAAGAUAUAACUAUUAAUGAUGAGCAGGAUGAAAUAAUUGAACAAAUAACUUCAGAAACUUUUGAUAAACUUGAAGCAGCUGAAAGUAGAAUCGAGGUGCAGGAAUGUAAAACACUCAAUGAUUUCCUAACUUGUCAAGCUGAGAGAACUAUCCAAACACCACAAAUUCCAAUGAAACCAAGAAUACCAGUUGAAAUAACUACAGAUGAAGGUACCUUAGUGAUACACUUUCAAGAUAAAAGUAUAAGACAGGAACAGCCUGUGGUGUUCCAGGAAGUCAGUGAAGGUAGUGAUUCAGCACCUGCCUUAGGAUCUGAAGUUGUACAAACAAAAAAGACUGAAGAAGAUAUUUUGACCAUUGAAACUCAGAGUUCCCGAAUUGUACAAAAUGUUAUUCAGUCUUCUGUUGAACUUGCUAGUGCAAAAGAGUCAAUGAUAAAAACUUCUCUUCAAGAUGCCAUUGAAACAAAGACUGAGCCAAAAGUCAAAGAGUCCCUUGAUUCAAAUGGACCCAAAUAUGAUGGGCCUUGUGAUUUGCCAAAAUCAGCACCUAUGGAAUCCUGAGACAUAAUGUCAAUUCAGAAUGUGAAGAAGACCAUGUAAGAAAAUGAAGGCUGCUGCUGAUUGGACUCAAGACUAAUUUGUUCCUGAACUGUGAGAACAGAAGAUUAGGUCUCACUACCUGAAGCCAUUCCAAGAGAGCCACUGACAACCCUGAGAAAUCAGGAGCUAUACUCAUCAUUUUUUUAUGUUUGGAUGUUAACAUUUCCUCUUUUUGAGAUAAAUUUCUUUCUUUUUUUUCCCACUUGAUAACAUGUGAUGUUUCUGAUUUAAUGACCUUAAUUCUGAACCUCAAGAGGAGCUGGAAACAUUUAGUUCCUUAUAUUUCAAAUAUUAGUUUAAAAUACUUCCAAAACUGGAGUGUAAUUCUUUAUGUAUUUAUAUGUAUAUCUUAAAUAAACCUUGUUCCGUUUUUAUUGUAUAUAUUUUCCUUUACUUACUGGUUAAGGAGAUAUUCCAUAAGGUGUGGACCUAUGUGUCUAUCACAUUAUAUGAAGUGCCAAGUGCACCUAACUGUGGUAAAGCAUGGAGGAAUUUGAAGCCACAAAGAAACCAUAAGUGCUGUCCCGAUUGCUGCUUCUAUGAAAGACCUUUCUGGUCCAAAGGUACAAUUCCUACUUAGACAUCCCUUUGUGUUUGUAACCCCAUUUGUAUUAUUACUCAAAUAGGGGUUUUUUCACUGGGCACAGAGUGAAAAUUUGUGGGAACAUUGAAAAUUAGCCUAUUGAUGGAUUUACUUUAAGAUCUAGUGGAGGCUGGCAAGAAGCCUCAACAAUUCCAAAUUUUGCAGAUUUUAGGCCUUUCCCUGAUUAUUUAAGAAUGGAUGUUUAGACAUGAGUGUGCUUAAAAGACUGAGCCAAAAAAAUGUUUUUUUGAUGUUUUUGAAAAGAGAAUGCAUUGCUUAAAUUUUUGGAUUCUACUGUUCUUGUAUCCUGGACCAUCAUACCCAUAUACGCUCAGCAUGAAAGAGGGCAAGUUCUUUAGAAAGUGGCUUUUGAUAGAUUCUAGAUUAUGUCUUCUCCAUAUAUAUGUCCACUUGUCCUAACAGUGUUUCAUUAUGUUCGUAUACAUUUGGUAAACUGUGAUUUGACAAGUGAUUUAAAUAAAAUAUUUGCUUACA